AUGUUCACGCCUCCCACGGACGUUGCGAUGUGCGCGCCGUCAACGUCGAGUCAGUCGAGUUCGAAUGGCAGCCGUCGUCGCAGCUCUUCCUCGAGCGCCGGCUCGGUGGCAAUGGGCCACUGUGCCGUGUGUUCUGAUCCGGCCGAGGGGAUGCAUUUUGGAGCGGUCGCGUGCGCGGCGUGCAGCGCGUUUUUUAGAAGGUCGAUCGCCGAGCAAAAAGUGUACACCUGUGAGAGCAAACGAUGCCCGGUCCAAGCCAGUACGUUUUCUUCGUUUCUAGCUUUUAAA